ACAAGUUUUUAUGGUCAUCUACUCUUUUCUUACUACAUUUAGAUAGCGAUUGAUGACAUGGUAAUCAACAGAGGUUUUUGCUUGGGAAAUAUUAUUUAUAGAUGUCAAUGUUUGUGAAAUGAGUAACAGGGUCAUUUUCCCUUUCCUGAUCAUGAUGAUAUUUACAAGAGAAUGGGUCAUUUGUGACAACAGAUUUUGUGAGAUGUGGAAGGAAACUGUGAAUAUUGUUCGAAUAUGUCCUUCAAAUAAAACAGAAAUAGAAAAUAAGAAUAGAAACUGCCAAAAAUAUGCUGAGAAAGCUCAACUCAACAACUGCACAGACUAUACAAAAAUCCGAUAUCACUGUGUCCUUAAUUCUUACGGGAAUCAGACGCUUGAGGUGUGUUCACCAGAGAAACAAAUAAAUGGGUUUUGUGCAGAAUUCAAUGAAGAGGUUGGCGAAAUACUUCCAAAUCACUAUCUAGACUGUUCAUUAUUUACGCCACCCUGCAGCAGUCAUUAUAAUUCAGCUGAUGCUUAUCUCUACAAAAAUUGCUACAAUCACACCAACAACGAACUAGUGAUUAAAAGAAUGAAGUAUGGCGAUGUCACCACACAAAUGCAACCAAUGAAUGUUUCACCAGGAUUACGUCCCUCUUCCAGUUACUUACCGAGUUCUUCAAAAAUCAUAGAACCGUAA